AUGGAAUCAUCAAAUUUACAAAUAUACUGGCACGAAUCGCAACCGGUAUAUAGUUUAUGUUUCCAAGAGACAGAUAAUAAAUUUAAAUUAUUUACUGCUGGUGGUGAUAAUAAAAUUAGAGCUUGGCAUUUAAACACUAAAGAAAGUGAUACCAAUUCGAAAUGUGUUAAAAUUGAUACCAUUGAUUUUUUAUCAUCAUUACAACAACAUGAACAGGCUGUUAAUGUAGUGAGGUUUAACAAUUGUAAGCCUAUCAAUAUUUUAGCAUCUGCUGGGGACGAUGGUCAAGUUCUCCUUUGGAAACAAAAUGAUACCAUCGUGAAAGAAUUCGGAAUGGAUGAGACUGAAGCAAAUGAAUUAAAGGAAUCAUGGUAUGUUUAUAAGAGGCUCAGAUAUUCAUCAAAUUCUGAGAUUUAUGAUAUAUGUUGGUCUCCAGAUGAUAAAUAUAUUGUUGUUGGAUGUAUGGAUAAUUGUAUUCGUAUAUUUGAUGUAAAUACUGAGAAAUGUAUUAUUAAUUUGAAAGAACAUAAUCAUUACGUCCAAGGUGUAUCAUGGGAUCCGAUGAAUCAAUAUAUUUUUUCUCAAUCAGCAGAUAGAUCAGUUCAUAUAUAUAAAAUUAUCUUCGGUCAAGAAAAGAAAACUAUCGAAAGUUUAAAAUUAAAAAAUAGAAUUGUUAAGAGUGAUCUACCAUUAAGAGGAAUUAAUGAUAAAAAUAUUAAUUUUGAUUCUAUUAAGAACUCAUAUUUGUUUUAUAACGAAACUUUACCUUCUUUCUUUAGAAGAUUAACUACAUCUCCUUGUGGUAGUUUAUUAUGUGUUCCUGCUGGGAUAUAUAAGACAGAAGAUAAGACAACUAAUGAGACAAAUGAAAGUACAAUUAACUCUGAAUAUUGUAAUGCAGUUUAUAUAUAUACGCGAGGUGCAUUCAAUCAGGAUAAAAUGAUUAAUAGACCGAUAAUAUCUAUACCAUUGUUAAAGAAACCAGCUAUUGUAAUUUCAUUCAAUCCAAAUUUUUACAAAAGAAGCUCAUCUAAGUCACAAUUUAUUGAUCUGCCGUAUAAACUUAUCUUUGCCAUUGCUACAUCAAAUGAAUUAUUGAUUUUUGAUACAGAAAAUAAUGUACCAAUAUCUGUAGUUGGUAACAUGCAUUACACUCCAUUGACAGAUCUGAAUUGGAGUGAUGAUGGUACUUUAUUGAUGGUAUCAUCUACUGAUGGGUUCUGUUCUUAUGUGUCUGUUGAUUCGUCUUUGUUUGGAGAAAAAAUCGAUAAUGACACUAAAUUGAAAUUAAUAGAACAAGUGAAUAAAUCAACUUUAGGAUCUUCUGACAUUGAUACACCUACAACAAUAGAUCCAAUUAAAGAAACUGAUUCAAAAACUAAUAUUCCAGAACAACCUUUAAAAAAAGCAUUCGAUAUAGUGAAUAUUUUACCUGUUAAAAGAAAACUUCCUACUCAGAAACAGGAAAAUGUAGAUCUAACUCAACAGAACAAAAGGAUUAAUGUUGAAAACAAUGCACCCACCAAAAUUUUAUCAUCAACAACAUCACCUGAAAAAGUGAAAAAGAGAAUUCAACCAAUUUUACUGUCCCCUGUAAAGAAUGAAAAAAACGAAGCACAAUAA